AAGUGGUUUAGGGAGUAAAACACAGUAAAGGAAGUGGUUUAGGGAGUAAAACGCAGUAAAACACAGUAAAGGAAGUGGUUUAGGGAGUAAAACACAGUAAAGGAAGUGGUUUAGGGAGUAAAACGCAGUAAAGGAAGUGGUUUAGGGAGUAAAACACAGUAAAGGAAGUGGUUUAGGGAGUAAAACACAGUAAAGGAAGUGGUUUAGGGAGUAAAACGCAGUAAAAUUGUAGAUCUAUAAAGGUAUAAAACCAUUAAGGAGCAUUUUUUGGCAAAGCAGCAGAGAUUGGCAGAACUCCGGCGCGGCCAUGGCCUCCUUCCCCGGUUCGUGUAAGGCUGUCGGGGCCGCCGAGGACCAGAACCUGGACCUGAACCUGAAUCUGGACCAGGACCUGGACCUGGACCUGCAGGACCAGAACCAGGACCUGGACCUGGACGGGUCCCUGCAGCAGAUGCUGAAGGCCAUCGGGGACGAGCGGAACCGGCUGAGUGGCCGGCAGGAGGUCAGCGGUAUCGGCUGCUUCAAGGACGACCGUAUCGUGUUCUGGACCUGGAUGUUCUCCACCUACUUCAUGGAGAAGUUGUCCCCCCGUCAGGACGACAUGCUGUUCUACGUCCGGCGGAGGCUCCGCCCCCCCCAGGUGUACGGGGGCGUGGACGACGGAGAGGGACGGAAGGUGGAGGUGGAGGUCUACAGGAGAGACUCCAAGAAGCUGCCGGGACUCGGAGACCCCGACAUCGACUGGGAGGAGAGUGUUUACCUGAACCUGAUCCUGCAGAAGCUGGACUACGUGGUCACAUGUGCCGUCUGCACGCGCUCAGACGCAGGAGACAUCCACAUCCACAAGAAGAAGAGUCAGGAAGUGUUUGCGUCGCCCAGCAAACACGCCAUGGACAGCAAGGGGGAGGAGUCCAAGAUGAGCUACCCCAACAUCUUCUUCAUGAUCGACAACUUCGAGGAGGUGUUCCGGGACAUGACGGUGGGCGAGGGGGAGAUGGUCUGUGUGGAGCUGGUGGCGAGUGACAAGGCCAACUCCUUCCAGGGCGUCAUCUUCCAGGGCUCCAUCCGCUACGAGGCGCUGAAGAAGGUGUACGACAACCGGGUCAGCGUCGCUGCUAAGAUGGCCCAGAAAAUGUCGUUCGGCUUCUACAAGUACAACAACAUGGAGUUUGUGCGGAUGAAGGGCCCGCAGGGGAAGGGCCACGCAGAGAUGGCUGUUAGCCGCGUCCCCACGGGCGACACGUCGCCCUGCGGCACCGAGGAGGACCAGGCGUCGCCCGUGCACGAGAGGGUGACGUCGUUCAGCACUCCGCCCACCCCGGAGAGGAACCGGCCCUCCUUCUUCUCUCCGUCACUCAGGAGGAAAGUUCCCCGGAACCGGAUCGCCGAGAUGAAGAAAUCUCACUCGGCUAACGACAGUGAGGAGUUUUUCAGGGAGGAGGAGGACGAAGAUCUUCACGGCACCACCAACCUCCGCUCACGCUCGCUGUCCGGAACCGGCCGGUCCCUGGUGGGGUCGUGGCUGAAGCUGAACCGGGCCGAGGAUUAUUUCCUGCUGUACUCCCACCUGACCUACGUCACGCUGCCGCUGCACCGCAUCACCACAGACAUCCUGGAGGUGCGGCAGAAACCCAUCCUGAUGACAUAGCAGGCCCCGCCCCCCCAGCACCAAGUGCCUCCAUCAUCAGGCCCGCGGCGCGGCGGCGGCUACGUUAGCCGGCGGCGGCGCUGGUACCUACAUUAGCCGGAACCGGCGGCGCGUCCAGGCGGAGGCCGACGCCCACUUCAGGAGACGACCGCCCGAUCCAACACCAGCCGUUUCGAGAAGUGCCUCCUCCUCAGUUCCUGCCGUGUUUUCCGGGUCGUCUCCACGGCGACGGGCCCGGCCCUGGGGUCACAUGACCCCUGAACUCUGACCCCUGAACUCUGAUCCCGGACAGACGGGGUGAAAGAAUGUUUCAUGUAAAUAAUCCUGCUGCUUUUACUCACGGAGACGCCUCCGCCGCUCUGCUUUAACCCGCCUGG